AUGAACAUCCGGUCCAUCAGAGCGAAACGGCUCUACAAUAGUUCGCGGUUUAUCAUUUCCCUUGAUACACUUCAAAAAAUCCCGAGUUCCCCUUCUUCGCUUCAUAUAAACAUUAUAAAUCAUAAAUCCUCUCGCAGGUCGAAUUACUCACUUUCGCAAGCUGUAUCAUUUGCCAAUAGCAUAUAUUCUAAUGCGAAAACACGCCCAGGGAACAAUGAUGUCAUCAGUAUCGACCCAUUACGAAUGGUGGCGGAGGAGAUGAAGUCUUUGACAGGAAAUAUAAGGCAACUGCUCGGAUCUGGACAUCCAUCACUCGAUACUGUGGCAAAAUAUUACACGCAGGCAGAGGGAAAACAUGUCCGGCCUCUUAUUGUAUUGCUGAUGUCAAGAGCAACAGCCCUGACUCCUAGAGCAAUGAACAAAAACCAACAAAGUGUAAACGUCGAUCGCUGUAUAUCUCCUCAGUCAAUACUAUCUGAUGUUAAUCCCUCGAUUCCCUUGGAUGACGCAGCUUACGCGCAAAGCACCCAGCUGACUUCUGAAAACGAUAUCUUACCAUCUCAACGUCGACUCGCUGAGAUAACCGAGCUAAUACAUACAGCUUCACUUCUACACGACGAUGUAAUAGAUUAUUCUGUGUCGCGGCGAGGGAAUCCUUCUGCCAAUCACAAGUUCGGAAAUAAAAUGGCAGUGCUAGCUGGGGACUUUUUACUUGGCCGCGCGUCCGUUGCACUCGCUAGAUUAAGAGAUGCCGAAGUUACUGAACUACUAGCGACGGUGAUCGCCAAUCUAGUCGAGGGGGAAUUCAUGCAGCUUAAGAAUACUGCUCGAGACGAAGAAAACCCCGUCUGGACAGAGGAGACAAUAUCUUACUAUCUCCAAAAGACAUACCUGAAGACUGCUAGCCUCAUUUCAAAAUCAUGUCGUGCAACAGCCUUGCUUGGAGGAGCGGAUGCGAAAACUGUAGACGCAGCGUAUACAUAUGGGAAGAAUUUAGGACUAGCAUUUCAACUUGUUGAUGAUCUUUUGGAUUACACUGUUGAUGAAAAAGAGCUUGGAAAGCCGGCUGGCGCUGAUUUAAAAUUGGGACUAGCGACAGCGCCUCUUCUAUUCGCAUGGCAGCACAAUGAAGAGCUGGGAUUAUUGGUUGGACGAAAAUUUGCAUGUGAAGGUGACGUAUCUCGAGCCCGACAUCUUGUACUUCAGAGUGAUGGUAUUAGUCGUACUCGUGCUUUGGCUGAGCAGUAUGCUCAACAAGCCGUUGAGUCAAUAAAGCUUUUUCCCAAUAGUGAGGCGAAGGAUGGAUUAGAAGAAAUGGCUGUUAAGGCUAUCAAGCGGCGAAAUUAA